AAGCUGACAGAGAUCUCACGAUUGAAAGAGUUGCGAGCAGCUGGACGGCAGCUUGAGCUUAAUCAAGUGGAAAAAAUCAAAAAAGAAGAUGAAUUGCUGAAGGAGCUCCAAAGCCUUGUCUUGUGAUAGUUAGCCUACGUCUGUGAAUUUGAGUCAGACCGCCUCUCCCUCCUGUCACCACCCACUGCUGGUCCAGUUUUGUACCAGACCAUGCCGAGAAAUAUCAUUAUUUGCAAAGGUUGAUAAAAGAAAUUAAUUUGUUACUGGGCUUCCUGUUGAACAUGAAUUUUUUUGUUUGUUUCAUGAAAAUGUUGAUAGUACAUUGUGUAAUUAUAUGCUCAAAAUCAAGCAUGUGUGGGUAAGCCAGAGUAAUUGGAGAAUGAAUUAGAAAAGAAAUGUAUUCUGUUGUUUUGAUUCUGCUUGAUAUAUUUUGUUUUAUCUGCCAGUGUAGAAGAAAAGCGUGAGGCACAUUUAUAUAUGUUGGUAAAGCAGAAAUUGAGUUGUAUUCACGAAGGGACAAUUGUUUCUUUUAAUAAAUUUUAAAAAAAUGUCAAAAGACAAGUGUAACAGCCUGUGCAGAUGUGCUGAAGAAUUUAUCAAGAAAUAGGAAAAUCUGAGUUUUUCCCUUGCAUGUUCUGACAUUCAAAAGUAUCUCAUUUUUUGUGUUCUUUGCUUUAUUUUUUGUCAGGAUCACAAGCGUACCUCGCCAAGUAUAAUUCAUUUUGUGCUUUUAGCAUUUUAAUGGAUAAAAAUUUGGGUGCUGUUCCUAGCCUUCUCACGUUUUGAUGAUAAUGACAAUGAUGGUGGUGGUGUCAGUGAAGUUGACUGUGAUUUUUUUCUGAAAAUUGAGUUCUCUAGUAAAGGAAUACUUGAAAAAAUACUUUUGGAACAGGAAGUAUGGUGCCAUUUUAAUUCUGAUAAAUGCAGUACAUGUAGAUUUUGACCUUUGCAUCAGGUAUAUUUUCAUGUCUGAUGGGGAUAGGUCAGUGGUGAGAGUUCUUUGUAUGGAGAGAAAUAGUUCAUUCACUACCCCAAGACAUCUUGGUGUCGAUCUCAUUGUAAGGAUUUAAAUUGAAACUUGCUGAUACAUGGUAAAAAGUUUCCAGAAUCGUCCUUCAGAAUUUAUCUGCAGAUGAGUGACUGUAUGGAAUAUUUUAAAAUAAAUAUUCUGAUAGUUGUGAAUAAAAUGCAUUACAUUUGCCAGUUUGUUAAAAUGCUGAAACUGUGUACAUAUAUACAUAAAUAUAAAUAUAUAUAUAUAAUUGAAGUUAAUUUCAAUACUCAUAAAAGUGCGAUACUAUUUUUGUGUGUAUUGAUUUUCUUUAACUUUAAAAAAGUAACAUAGCAUACGGGAAAUGUGUUUCUUGUACUCUAUAUUUGUAAGCUCUCCCAUCUGCUGUUUAUUAAAGAAAGACUAUAUUUCUAGUAUUAUACUUUAACAUGCCACUUUGACAUUUAUAUCCUUCAGGAAGUGGAUGUUCAUAUCAGGCUGUAUUGAAUUUUACAAGAUGAUGUAAUCUCUCAGCUUUUGAGGAGGAGAAGGUGGUGUGAAUUUUGUGAAGAUUCAUCUUGAAUUGCUUCAUAAGUCAUUCCAAUAAAUACAAAUUUUAAAAAAAAUGUUUGGGGCUAUUUCAUUCUUCAGUAAUAUGUGAUAUCAAUAAGUCAUUCAUGUUUAUUUUCUGCAGCAAGGUUUUAUCAAAUGCACAUUAAAUGAAAAUUAAGAGAAAUUUUAGUUUAUUACUUUGAAUUAGUAUGUUCAAAUUAAAUCAGAUGUGAUGUCUACAUGUGGUGGUCUAAUGAAUAAAAUUCUAUUCACUUAGUAUUGAGAUUAUGUGAAAUGUGUUUUCAGCAAUUGUGUCGGUUCCAAUUUAUUAUUCAAAAAUUUGCGUUCAGUUUAUUAAAAUAUGUAAUUACACAGUAAGUUUGUGUAUUGAAUUUUCAUAAAAUAUAUUUUUUAUUAUAUUGUGCUUUUCUCAAUUAAAGUUGUGUAAAAUGGGAAUUUGCAGCUUUGUUAGACAGUAAAAAUUAUUUUCAUUGUCUUAGUUAUGACUUGGUAUGUGUCUAAAAGCAUUUUGAUUGACAAAAGCAAGCUUAACUUAUUGUUUGUCAAAAAUAUGUUUUUUGCAGUUCAAAGAAUGCAAAAAUUAUUUAAAAUUUUGAUAAACAUUUGAUUAAGAAUGUUGGAAGGGGGUACAAAAUGCUGAUGUUUUUAAGAACUCACUAGAGUUUAUGAAAGAUACCUUUGAAGCAUCUACUUUUCUUCUGUCUUAUUAUGGUGUUUUAAUGUGUGUUAGUUUAUAAAGUUUUUAGUUUGCACUACAACUGCCUUUUUAAUGGCAUAGAACUUCCAGUAUCUCAAUGUGCAGAAAUGGGUUGUUACGAUAUUACUCUUGAGCAAAAGGAAUUUGAAGUAGACCUGAGACACGACAUUCAAAUUAGGCUGGUGGUUGUGUGUUAUCUGGUAGCAAGUUUCAGACUAUAUUUACAGAAUCAACAUAUUACAAUCCUUUUUAGUGCAUUUAGCUUAUGUAAAUUUGGAAUUUUGAUAUGUUCCAAUUUAAGGAAGUAGGAGGAAAUUAUGUUUAGAAUAUUUCAUGGUAUAAAAGUUUUGUAAAUGGAAUUUAUCUGGCAUGUACCUUAACAUUAUGCAGUUGGGUUUCCACAGGCUAAUACAUAGCUCACAUUAGGUUACUGUUGGAAAAGUAAUGACUUUAGUGGUACGUUUGUCAAUAGAGAUGGGAAAUGAUAUUUUAUAGUGUAACUUGUCCAUGACACUAAGAAUACACACAUCUUGAUGUAUUUAACACUCAAUUCAAGGUAGUGUUUUGAUUUGCUUCUCACUAACAUAAUAAUAGGGCAAGCACAUGUGGAAAAUAAUUAAUUUUGUGGUUUCCUCUUUUUUUGUUUGGUACCUUGAAUUUUGUGAAUAGUACUUUGUUGUUGUUUUUUUUCUUUCUUUUUCCAAAGACAUCGUGGUGUAGUUUCCUUGAAUUGCUUGUGAUAAAUAUGAGAGAUGAGGACUUAUUUUAUAUUCUCAUGUCCCAGUGAUAUUCUCUCUCCAAUUAAGCUGUAUCAAUGAUAAAUGUGUUAAAGACAAAGUAUUCAUUUAGAGAGCAUGUUAAUGAUCUUGUUUAUAAAUAUGCAUUAAUUAUUUCUGUAGAUGAGUUUUACAUGGAAUGUUUGUAACAAUGUAUGAAUGUUUCUGCAAAUUAAUGUGUAUUGAACGAAUUUACAUUUGUUAAAAGUGAUAAGUGUGAUUGAUACCAAAAAUUGCAUGUAUUUGCAAGCACAAGAGGAAGUGUCAUGAAUAUGAGGCAUGUACAUUUUAAGAUUUAUACUGAGUGCUUUACUGUGAAUAACAAAUUGUGAUGAAUGUGUAAAGUUAUGAUGAUGAGCAUCUAACUCUUGACACCAAGUAGCAUUUGAAUAUGCGAAGUUAAAAAAAAAAAAAAAGUAUGAAAUUAUUUCUAUUUGUCUCCCUGUCUUGGAUUUUCUUCUAAUAUUUAUAAAGUUAAAGAUUUGUGUGGUUUCCUUUUUUCAUUUUUUGGAAGUAAAGAUCUAAAAAUUAAUGGCCUAACAUUUUUUCAUGUUUGCACAUUAGAAAUAGAUUACAAGUAUAAAAGUGAUUUUACUGCAAUGUAUUUGUCAUUUCUAUGUUAUUUCUUUACGUGUUCUUCAUUGUCAAGUUUAUUGUAUAAGUCUUAAUUUGUAAAGUGCACAAUGUUUUUUCAUUACAAACUUUAAAGAAUCUUGUACGUUAGCUUCAUUCACAAAACCAUUAACAUGCAUUUUGUUGUAGAUUAUUGUGAUUUAAGAUCAUUUGAAAUCAAUAUAUCCAGUAUUGCAAAUUUUUUGAAGUACAAGUAGAGCAUUUCAUUAUUUCACAUAUGGUAAAAUUAUUUGUUUUUUUAGUUGAAUCAAAUAUUGCAAGAAUGUUCUGAUUUAAAUCAUAGUAUAUUACAUGUUACAAAAAUUUUUCUUUCUCAUUAACAGUGAAGUGCAGGGUAUAUUAUUCAUUUUCUCAUGGAUGUAUUGAAUUUGUCUUGCUUGCAUUGAUGUGCUAUUGCUGUGUUUUUACUACAACAAUGUCACAGGAUAAUGCAAUAUGAAAAGUCCUACUGGGACAGUAAAUGAAGAAAUUCUUUCGUGGAAGCUGUCUUUGUUUAUUUUUUUACUUUAUCAUUGCCUCAAGAAUCAAAUAAUUCUCUGACCAUUGAUUCCCGAUUUAGCGUUUAUUGUCCUGGAAAAAAAUUCAGACAUUCUGUUUUAUGUAAUAACUGACUUUUGAUUGGGGAUAUAUGGUGUAUAUAGCCUAUCUUGUAAUUUAUUAUAUGGCAUAUUCUAAUAUCAUGAAGAGAUGUGCUCUUCAUAUGGUGUUAUAGAUAUAUUACAAAUAUAAUUAUAAACACUUAUUCUUUGUUAUCUUUUAUCAAGCCAUCUCUCAAUUGUGAUAUACUGAAGAUGCCUUUAAACAAAAGGUAAAAUGAAUGCGUUUUUACUUAUGUAGAAUUAAUUGUUAAUAUAUUUUAUUUGUGAAAUCGGUGUUCUUUCAGGUAACAAAGGUGCCCCCUCAGUGCUCAGCAAACUACUUGUUAUAAAACCAUGGCUUCAAUCCUGUGAUUCAGAAAUGGAAACUACGACCCCUUUUAUUUCUGUAAUUCUUGAAAACAGUUCCUUUAGGAAAGGCUAAUCAUGCUCAUUUCUAGCUUCAUAUAUUAUUUGUCUUUAGACCUUAUCACUUUUUUAACAAAAGUUGUAUGUUUUCACAAGCUAUGUAAUUCUUAUUUUCAAAGAAAUUACAGGCAGACAUUAGAGAACAGUUACAAACAAUUUUCUAUUAUUGACUUUUUAAAAUUUCUAUUUUCUGUGGAAUAUGAUUUGUUUGAGUAAAAAUUGCAAGAACAUUCAAAUUGGAUUUAAAUUACCUAAAUGUGGUAUAUAAUCUUACAUACAUAUAUUUUGCAAGACGAAGCAAAGAAAAAAGAAGCGUGUCCACUCCUCAUGAGUGGGACCUGUUGGAAUGCAAAGAAAGCUCUAAUGUAUUCAUUUCUUAAUCUUCCAGUCUCUUCCAUUCCAUUUAUGUUUCACCCUCAGACAUCGCCAACAAAACAUCAACCCCUCAAACUUUUGAUACUUUUAAAACUGGGUUAGUGGCCAUUGAUGUUCACAUGGGAGGGAUGUAAUAUGAAAGUGAUCAUGUUCAUUAAUUUUCAAUUGAAGUAUAUAACAUGUCAAAAAACCAUAUUGACCAAAAAAAAAAAAAACCUUACAUUUUUCGGAUUUGAUAAAUAAAUUAAGUGUUACUACAACAGCACAUACUUCCCUGUAUUUGUAACUGCGUGUAUUAUUUCUAGCACAUCAUAUAACAUGUCAUAAGGCAAGCAAGGACAAUUUGACAUAUAAAUUGAACAUCCAGAACUAGAGGCCAUCCAAUCUAUUGCAUAAUGAAUGCAUUCGAAACGAUAUCAUUACCUCAUGCAUAUCUGAAUAAACUUACCAACUUUAAUGCAGUUGAAUACUUCAUUCUAAUGAAUGUAGAGAUCUUUCCCAUGUUGCUGUUCAACAAUGAACUUCUGAAAUAUCAAUCACAGAAUUGUGGCCAAUGCAGCGUACAGCGGUACAAUUAAUGUAAUGAAAAUUACACAAUUAUGGUUCUCAAUUUUUCUUUAAUUUUACAUUUAAUUCUUAUUUUUAAGACUGAAAUGGUAAUUUCAGUUAAAGUUUGUGGAUUGCUUGAAAGAAAAUA